CACACACGCACACACACAUAAACUGCGCCCGAGUCACAACAACAAAUCACUCAGAUCUCCUUCUAUUUUUUACUCUUAGAUGAAAAGAACUGGCACUUUGGAGGCGGAUCACACUCGGGAAGUGUGUGUGAAUGAUUCUGGAUGUGUUUGCACUUGUGACCCCGCUGAGAAAGGAUUAAAAUGCUGACUUGUUAACAAACGAGCUAAAUCCAGCCACCCUUUAGAAGAUAGCGUUAAAAAUGGAGGAAAAUUGGCACCGCUGGCACAGACUUUUGUCUUAAACCAGUUAUAAUGCGCGAAGGCGGGGGAGUGUUACAUACAUUUGGAGUUUUGUGGUAUGUUUGAGAUGAAUAAAGGAUAAAUAUUCUAGUCUAAAUCUUUGGUUAGCUCCCAGGCUAACGUUAGUUUAUUAUUAGCCAGCUAGCAACAGUGCGUAGUGGAAUCCGGAUCGAUUCCCCAAUGCCAGUCAGGUUAAACACUUUUUUAAUCGCCUAGUCUUUUGUUUAGAAAUAAUUCGCAUUUUGACAAUCAUACAUCUAAUUCUCUGCUGAAGAUCACCAGCCUGGGCUGGCUAGCCAACGUCAUCAGACAGUGUACAGUACAGUUGGUACACAGCGAUGCCAUGGUGGCAUUAGAUGGUGUGGGUGCGGAGCUCCUGGCAUCCGCUGUUUACUCUCAGUGAAUCCCGGCCAGCCUGUGGCCCCUGCCCAGGCUUAGAUGAAGUAAGAUCUUCUCGGCUCAGCUGAUCGCCAUGCAGGCGGCCCAGUGCCAGUACGAUUUCUUCAGCGAGGAAAACGCGCCCAAAUGGAGGGGAUUACUAGUGCCAUCCCUCAGCAAGGUGCUAAACCAGGUACAUCCAAAGCUGUCGUCUCAGGAGGAAGCCCUUCAAUACAUCGAAGAGCUGAUUCUGCUGCUACUGAGCAUGCUCUGUCAGGCCCAACCUCGCACCGUGCAGGACGUGGCGGAUCGGGUACAGAAGAGUUUUCCUCACCCCAUAGAUAAGUGGGCCAUCUCUGAUGCCCAGGGAGCCAUUGACAAGAGGAAGAGGAGGAACCCUCUUGCUUUACCUGUGGAUAAGAUUCACCCACUUUUAAAGGAGGUACUAGGCUACAAGAUAGACCACCAGGUGUCUGUGUAUAUAGUGGCGGUAUUGGAAUACAUCUCAGCAGACAUCUUGAAGUUGGCUGGGAACUAUGUACGAAAUAUACGGCACUAUGAGAUCUCGCAGCAGGACAUCAGUGUGGCCAUGUGUGCGGACAAGGUGUUGAUGGAUAUGUUUCAUCAAGAUGAAGAAGACAUCAGUGGUUUCCCCCUGAUGGAUGAGGAACCCUCAGCCUCCGAGGCCCAGACCUACUACGACCUGGUGAAGGCCUUCAUGGCCGAGGUGCGCCAGUACCUGAGAGACCUGAACCUCAUCAUCAAGGUGUUCCGGGAACGUUUUGCCACCAACACCAAGCUCUUCUCCUUCGAUGAUGUGGAGAACAUCUUCAGUCGUAUCGUUGACAUCCAUGAAGUGACUCUGAAGCUGCUAGGCCUUAUUGAGGACACAGUGGAGAUGACCGAUGAGGGAAGCCCUCAUUCGCUGGUGGGCCGCUGCUUUGAGGACCUGGCUGAGGAGCUUGCCUUUGACCCCUACGAGACGUACGCUCAGGACAUCCUGCGGCCUGGCUUUCACGACCACUUCCUCAGCCAGCUCUCCAAACCUGGCGCCGCCUCAUACCUCCAGGGCAUAUGUGAAGGUUUUAAAGAGGCGGUACAGUAUGUGUUACCCCGGCUGCUCCUCACCCCUGUUUACCACUGCCUCCACCACUUUGAGAUCCUGAAGCAACUGGAGGAGAAGAGUGAGGAUGAGGAUGAUAAGGAACGACUGAAGCAGGCCAUCACUGCACUACUUAACCUGCAGAGCAGCAUGGAGAGGAUCUGCUCCAAAAGCCUGGCCAAGAGGAGGCUCAGCGAGUCGGCCUGCCGCUUCUACAGUCAGCAGAUGAAGGGCAAGCACCUGGCCAUCAAGAAGAUGAACGAGAUUCAACGGAACAUCGAUGGCUGGGAGGGCAAAGAUAUCGGCCAGUGCUGCAACGAGUUCAUAAUGGAAGGUACACUGACGCGGGUGGGUGCCAAACACGAGCGCCACAUCUUCCUCUUCGAUGGCCUGAUGAUCUGCUGCAAGAGCAACCAUGGGCAGCCGCGGUUACCCGGAGCCAGUGCAGCCGAAUACAGGCUAAAGGAGAAGUUUUUCAUGCGCAAGGUUCAAAUCAACGACAAGGACGACAAGGAGGGUGAGUACCGACAUGCCUUCGAGCUCAUCCCCAGAGACGGCAACAGCGUGGUGUUUGCUGCCAAGUCCGCCGAGGAGAAGAACGGAUGGAUGGCGGCUCUGAUAUCGCUGCAGUAUCGUUCGACGCUGGAGCGCAUGCUUGAUACGGCCAUGCUGCAGGAAGAGAAAGAUGAACAGAUGAGGUUGCCUGGUGCCGAGAUCUAUCGCUUUGCCGAGCCGGACUCUGAGGAGAACAUCGUUUUCGAGGAGAAUGUUCAGUCCAAGUCGGGCAUCCCGAUAAUCAAGGCGGGCACGGUGCUGAAGCUCAUCGAGAGGCUGACCUUCCACAUGUAUGCAGAUCCCAAUUUUGUGCGGACGUUUCUCACCACCUACAGGUCGUUCUGUAAACCACAGGAGCUGCUGGACUUGCUCAUAGAGAGGUUCGACAUUCCCGAGCCCAAACCCACAGAAGCAGAUCAGAUGGCGAUUGAGAACGGAGACCAGCCGCUCAGUGCUGAGCUCAAACGCUUCCGGAAAGAGUUUGUGCAGCCAGUGCAGCUCAGGGUGCUGAACGUGUGUCGGCACUGGGUGGAGCACCACUUUUAUGACUUUGAGAGGGACGCUCAGCUGCUCUGCCAGUUAGAAGAGUUCAUCGGGACUGUCAGAGGCAAAGCCAUGAGGAAGUGGGUCGAGUCCAUCACAAAGAUCAUCCAGAGGAAAAAGCAAGCACAGGCUAACGGCCCUAGCCACAACAUCACCUUCGAAAGUUCACCGCCGACCAUCGAGUGGCACAUUAGCAAACCGGGCCAGAUCGACCAGUUCGACCUGAUGACCCUUCAUCCGAUUGAGAUCGCUCGCCAGCUCACUCUCUUAGAGUCUGAUUUCUACAGGGCGGUCCAGCCGUCAGAGCUGGUGGGCAGCGUAUGGACGAAAGAGGACAAAGAGCUGAACUCGCCCAAUCUGCUACGCAUGAUUCGCCACACCACCAACCUCACACUCUGGUUCGAAAAGUGCAUGGUGGAGACGGAGAACCUGGAGGAGCGUGUACACGUGAUGAUCCGUAUCAUCGAGAUCCUGCAGGUUUUUCAGGAGCUGAACAACUUCAAUGGUGUUCUUGAAGUCGUCAGCGCCAUGAACUCCUCUCCUGUUUACCGGCUCGACCACACCUUUGAGCAAAUCCCAAGCAGACAGAGGAAGAUCCUGGAGGAGGCACAUGAGCUCAGUGAGGACCAUUAUAAGAAGUAUUUGGCCAGACUCAGGUCUAUUAAUCCACCGUGUGUGCCCUUCUUUGGUAUUUAUUUAACCAAUAUUUUGAAAACGGAAGAAGGCAACCCAGACUUCCUAAAGAGGCACGGGAAAGAGCUUAUCAACUUCAGCAAACGACGGAAGGUAGCCGAGAUCACCGGAGAGAUCCAGCAGUACCAGAACCAGCCGUACUGCUUACGGGUGGAAAAUGACAUACGGAAAUUCUUUGAGAAUCUAAACCCUAUGGAGGACAUGACGGAGAAGGAGUUUACUGACUAUCUCUUCAACAAAUCUCUGGAAAUUGAGCCUCGAAACGCGCGCUCCCUGCCUCGAUUCCCUAAAAAGUACAGCUGUAACCUCAAGUCUCCUGGCGUGCGCCCGUCCUCGAGCCGGCCGGGUACCAUGCGUCACCCGACGCCCCUGCAGAACGAGCCGAGAAAGAUCAGCUACAGUCGCAUUCCAGAUAGUGAGACGGAAAGCAGCGCAGCAUCGGCGCCGAACUCGCCCCGGACGCCCCUCACACCCCCGCUGGCCUCCGCCGCCUCCAGUUCCACCGACAUCUGCAGCGUUUUCGACUCUCCACAGGGUCCCUCCAGCCCCUUCCAUUCAAGGUCAUCGUCUGUGUCCUCCAUGGUGACUUUCCACAGGAGUACAGAAGACCCCCCUGUUCCUCCACCUGUCCCGCCACGGCGGCGUCCUGAAUCUGCACCAGCUGAGUCCUCACCCUCUAAGAUGAUGUCAAAGCACGUGGACAGUCCUCCGGCCAUCCCUCCCAGACAGCCCACGGGUAAACCGUACUCUCUCCGUUACUCUGUAUCGGACGGCCCGUCCAGCCCGCCCUCGCUGCCCCCCCGCGAGCCCCUGCGCACUCCGGACGUGUUCUCCUGUUCGCCCCUGCUCCUCCAGCCCCCUCCCCAGGGCCGACGCUCCGAGCCCAGCCUCUUCUUCCCGCCGUCUCCGUCUCCGCUCGGACCCCGGAAGAUCCCGGUCUCGGCUCCUCCGCUGCCCGUGCUUGAGUGCGACGGUCCUCACGCUGCAGCCGGACCCCCGCUGCCCCCUCGGCACAGCACCUCGCACACGGCUAUCCCCAAACUGCCCCCGAAAACGUACAAAAGAGAGCGGGACGGCCCGCCUCUUCUGGAGAACGCCAAUCCUUCCUAAAUCGAGGGAAACACUAAAGACUCCGAGAAGCGAGAAUGAAUUUACAAGACUGUUGUACGAGAAUGAUGGAAUUGCCAGUGUUGGAUUUCAAAACAUGUGCCCUUAAACCAUGACUGAGUUUUCAUGAAGCUGAGUGUGAAGCUCAUCUGUAUAUUUUUUCUGUCUUUCCGUUAGCUGUUGCAGUGUUUCGUUUUGGGUUUUUAUGUCCUCGUAUUGUUGUAUGUUUGUUUUUCCAUUUCAUUUGCCCGUUCUUUUUUCCCUCCCUUUUUGUACAUUGCUUUUUUUCAGCAGUGAGUUUGGCGGCCUUUCCUCUCAUGCGAAGUUGCAACCAGGACUAGAUUUAAAAAAAAAUCAAUAACAUCACGUAAAGAAAAACGUGCUGGACAGUAAAAGACUAGAAACCAUUUCAAACCAGUUUAGAAAUAAACAAUGCAAAUCAACCCGGCAUGGUCUUCUAAUUUCACGUGCCUGUCUAUGGGAGUGGACUUUAUUAUCCAGUGUGAUGCCGGGCCAACAACAGGACUUCCCCAGCCUUGGGUUCACCACACCUCAUUUCAUUUAAAAAAGGGACUGUGAGUUGUAAGCUGUGUUUGUAUUAAACCCUUAAACCACAGGGAGAGGUUUGUGUGCCAGUAGUUUGAAGAGUACCAGGAGUUAAAGGUACCCUCCCACAACCAAAGAGGUACUUUCAAGCAUUCGAGAAACAUGAAACGAAGUGAUUGUCCUUUAUGUGUUAGAACUUUUAUUUUCUAAAUCAUUUCCGUUUUGCCAAUGAGUAUGUAAAGAAAAAAACGAUUGCCUUCCUAAAACGAGGGAAUAAAAGUGUUUCUACCACUGUG